AUGCUGCUGAGGAAGAAGGCCUCUUCUACCGUCCUCCAGGGAAGGGCCGACCGACCCGGUCCGCAGGGCGCGGCCAACGCGCUUCGGGCGGCCGGGAAGGUGACAGAGUCUGGCUUGCCGUCAGCCGUGGAGCUCGCGUCUGCAGCCACCAGGAUCUGUGGGGAGCUUUCGCAGCAAAACUUGUCCAACAGCUU